UCCCGGUUUACCCUUCCCAGUUUACCCUUCCCAGUUUACCCUUCCAACUUACUCCCCAUUAACCAUGGCUGCUGCGUUGGGCGGUCUUCCAACCAGCCCGACAAGUGAAGCCUCUGAUGACAUCUCAUGGCUCCUCGACCGAGUCAACACCUUCGAACGCAGCCCAAAGGGCCUGAUGGAAGCCUGGCAAUCAGCGCAGCAAGCUGAGUCGAAUUCGACGACGAAGGUAUUCUUGGACCAGGGCAAAUUCGCCUGGUUGGCAUAUCAUCUGAGCAAAGUUGCGGCAGAUCAGCCAACGCACUUCACGGGCCAAACAAUUUUGCGCAGGAAGAUCUCGGAUCUCGAAGGGAGGUCUCUAGCUUCCCGUAUUCUGACUGCAGAGAAACUUGCGGCUGGGCUCGGGUCUGACGUGAAGGACAAAAUCGAACGUUGGUGGACAUCAUCACAUCGUCCACGGCGUACCAAAAAAAGGCGCUUGACAGACCGCAAUUCCUAUCAAAGAUCUACGUCAGAAUAUACACGUAGCCCGUCCCCGACAAAUAGUACGAGCUCUGCUCUGGCCGUACAAGUCCAGCCUUACUCGCCUUUCGACACAUGUGAUCACUUUGCCGAAUACGAACAUGUCCUGGUAAACGCGUCUCUCCCGGAAACGAUACGCCUGUUCCCGUCAUCUCUGUCCGAUGCGAUCAAGAGGAUUCCUGACCCUGGGAAUGAGAAUGUCCUUGUUGCUUCUGUCUCGAUGUCAUUUCCAAACGCCCGGACCAACUUUGGAUGCCAGAUGGCACUAGAGAUCAUGGAUAACAAGAUAGACAACCUUGCUCGAGAUUUAUUUGACGCACGUUUGGAAACGACCGCUGGGCUUCGAUACUUUUGCCUUACGGACGGUGCGAAAUUACUACCGAAUCCUAAAUUUACUCUUCGAGGGUGCCGGCACGAUGUCAUUCCGGUAACGUUUGGUCCUGAGGUCACCAGUGCUAUCGCAGCAAGUCCGGCGUACCAGGAUGAUCUCAAACAAUGGCGGGGUCGCACCGAUUGUGUCUGGAUGGUCAUUUCACACAAGGCAAAUGCCAAGGCUGAACUUUGCGUCUCUAUGGGCCUGGUCGAGGGGACUCUGAUCCGACGUAAGCUGUACAAAUAGUUUGCAGAGACACACCAGUACCUAUUCAUUGGUUACCUUCCAGACACCGCCUAUACCACC